AGUAUAAGAUAUAAGAUCAUCUUCAAUUUCAACUAUCGCAUUUAUCUUCCUUGAACUCCGUGCAAACACGACUCACUUCAAAGUUCUAACGUCAUAUCUCUCUUUCUCUCUCCUAAAGUGCAAAAAUGGCGAUCCAAAAAUCUUCUUCUACAAUUAGAGAUGAUUCACGCAAGGAUGAAAGGAGUUCAUAUUUCAAUCUGCCACCACUUGAUGUAUCAGUAGCAUUUCCCCAGGCAACACCUGCAUCAGUGUUUCCUCCUUGCGCAUCUGACUAUUAUCAAUUUGAUGAUCUUCUAAAUUCUGAGGAGAGGGCUGUUCGUGCAAAAGUUAGAGAGUGCAUGGAAAAAGAAAUAGCUCCAAUUAUGGCAGAGUACUGGGAAAAAGCAGAGUUUCCUUUCCACAUUAUUCCGAAGUUGGGGGCGUUGCAUAUUGCUGGUGGGACUAUCAAGGGUUAUGGUUGUCCCGGCCUUUCCAUUAUCGGAAGUGCUAUUGCCACAGCAGAGGUUGCUAGAGUUGAUGCCAGUUGUUCUACAUUCAUAUUGGUGCAUUCUUCUCUGGCAAUGCUCACAAUUGCAUUGUGUGGCUCUGAAGAUCAAAAGCAGAAGUAUUUGCCUUCUUUAUCACAACUUAAUACUGUAGCAUGUUGGGCAUUGACUGAGCCUGACAAUGGAAGUGAUGCAAGUGGUCUACAAACAACUGCUACAAAGGUUGCUGGAGGCUGGAUAUUGGAAGGUCAGAAGCGCUGGAUAGGGAAUAGCACAUUUGCGGACUUGCUCAUCAUUUUUGCAAGGAACACAUCAACAAAUCAGAUAAAUGGAUAUAUUGUGAAAAAGGAUUCACCCGGACUUACUGCUACAAAAAUGGAGAACAAGAUAGGCUUGCGGAUCGUGCAGAAUGGAGAUAUCGUGAUGAAGAGGGUCUUUGUCCCUGAUGAGGAUAGGCUACCAGGUGUCAAUUCUUUCCAGGACACAAAUAAGGUACUUGCAGUUUCACGAGUGAUGGUUGCUUGGCAACCUAUUGGUAUCUCCAUGGGUGUUUACGACAUGUGUCUCAGGUACUUAAAAGAGAGGAAACAAUUUGGUGCACCGUUGGCAGCAUUUCAAAUAAACCAGCAAAAGCUUGUACAGAUGCUGGGCAAUGUUCAGGCAAUGUUUCUUGUUGGUUGGCGCCUUUGUAAAUUGUACGAGAGUGGAAAAAUGACCACUGGUCAUGCAAGUUUGGGAAAGUCAUGGAUAACCGUCAAGGCAAGGGAGACAGUUGCUCUUGGCCGAGAACUACUAGGAGGGAAUGGGAUUCUUGCCGAUUUCCUUGUUGCGAAGGCAUUUUGUGACAUGGAGCCCAUCUACACAUAUGAAGGAACAUAUGACAUCAACACAUUGGUGACAGCAAGGGAAGUUACUGGUAUAGCCAGCUUCAAACCUGCUGCAAGAAGCCGCCUAUAAUGCAUGCAGGAAGCAGAACUAUCCCUGCAUACAUGAUAAAGUGGAAAUAUAAGGUUGUUACUUGCUCAACCUGAAAGAUACCUCAUGCUUGGAAAUACCUUUCUUGUAAUUCCGAUGACGGCAUCAUCUAGGAGCCAUAGUAUGUUCUAAUUACUGGAAUUGUACCUCUCCGUGAAAUAAACAGAGUAUGUUCUGAUAACUGGAAUUGUACCUCUCCGUGAAAUAAUCAGAGUAUGUUCUAAUUACUAGAAUUGUACCUUUUCGUGAAAUAAACAGAGUAUAGCUGUGUAAUAAUAGCAUGUUCUUGCAUAUCUCCAAUCAUUGGGUAAAUAUUAUUUCUGAAAAUUGCUAUAAAUUUGGUAGAUGUUCGCAAA